GAUUUAAAUAAUUAUCAAGUACUUACCAUUAGCCAUUUAUUUAGACUAUUUUAUUUGUUCGUUGGCAAUUUCAACUAAUUUGGUGCCAUUUGUGGUCAAUUUUGUGACAAACCUUUGCGAGGUGGAUUAAUCGAAGCUGGAAAGGGGUUUCGUUAUGUUGCAGUAAGGUUUGGUUUUUGCACCAGAAUACGUUCGUUCGUUUGAAACUCUCCUAAGUCUUCUUACAACACAGUCUGUAUGCGCAUUUGAUUGGACAUCGAAAAUGAUUCCGAAAUCUUUCCUGUCAUUGAACGUUAUGGUUUCGUAUGCCAUGCGUCGGACUGCCUGGGCCAAUCGUAGGUGCAACCCAAGGCACAUUCGCUGUGCCUCCACGUUUUCUGUGCCGUUCACAGCCGAUCGGUAUUCCAUAAAGCGUGGAAGCUACGAGAAGAUCAACGACCAGGACCUUGCAAAAUUUCGACAGAUUCUGGGCAGUGAUAAUGUGAUAACCAGCGAUGAUGAUCUGGAGCGGUAUAACGUAGACUGGUUGAAUAUAUGUCGAGGACAGAGCAAAGUGGUGCUCCGUCCCAAAGACACGCAACAGGUUUCCGCCAUAAUGAAACACUGCAACGAGCGCAGUUUGGCCGUGUGUCCGCAGGGUGGUAACACGGGCCUCGUGGGUGGAAGCGUUCCCGUGUUUGAUGAAGUGGUCAUCAGUAUGGGACUGAUGAACAAAAUCAUUUCCCUGGACAAAAUUUCUGGCGUAGCAGUAGCUCAAGCUGGGACCGUACUGGAAACGCUGGAAAAUCAUGCUAUGGAAAAUGAUCGGAUUGUGCCUCUGGAUUUGGGAGCUAAAGGAUCCUGUCACAUAGGAGGUAAUGUAGCCACAAACGCUGGUGGGUUACGAUUUUUACGCUACGGAUCGCUGCAUGCCAAUGUACUUGGACUGGAAGUGGUUUUGGCUGAUGGAACAAUUCUUCCCUUUGGAACAAACAUGCGAAAAGACAAUACCGGAUACCAUCUGCAUCAUCUGUUCAUUGGUAGCGAAGGAAGUCUGGGAAUAAUAACCCAAGUUGCCCUCCUCUGUCCUCCUCGACCGACAUCAGUCAGUUUAUGUUUACUAGGAUUGAAUUCAUUUGAGGAUGUUCUGCAGUGCUACCAACAAGCCGGCAGCCGCCUAACGGACAUCAUGUCAGCUUUCGAAUUUCUGGACACUCAGUGCUUUGCUGUAUCCUGUGAAGAGCAUAAUGUGCCUGCACCUUUAAAAGAAUUUCCUUUUUAUGCCAUUAUUGAAGUUUCGGGAUGGCAGCCGGAAGCUGAUUCUACUCGAUUAAAUGAGCUGUUGGAAGAUUUGAUGGGAAAUGGUUUGGUAGCGGAUGGCAUCGUUACCGACGAACCUUCUCGAAUGCAGACUGUGUGGAAAAUUCGCGAAGGCGUCGCAGAGGCUUCCGCUCGCCGUGGAUACUGUUACAAAUAUGAUCUAUCCAUUCCUAAACAGCAGAUGUAUCAACUUGUGCAAGAUAUGAAAGAACGUUUGGGGUCUAAAGUGAUCUUUUCCGCUGGUUAUGGACAUUUGGGAGAUAACAAUCUGCACUUGAACAUUAUUGCUGCUGAUUAUACACCGGAAGUUGCAAAAGCGAUAGAACCAUUUGUAUUUGAAUGGACCAGGGAGAAAAAAGGUUCCAUUUCAGCGGAACACGGUCUGGGUUUCAAAAAGAGGAACGCUAUCCAUUACAGUCAGUCCCCGGCAGCGGUGAGUGUCAUGAAAAAGAUGAAACAACUAUUCGAUCCUAAAGGAAUUUUGAAUCCCUACAAAGUGUUGCCGGAUGAUGGUUGUAUCCUUGGACAUGAAUAACCUUUCUUCCAUAGUCGAAGAAGUCAAAAGGAGAUAUUCCAGAUCUAUCAUUACAUGUAUACGCUUUAAUAAGUAUUGGCAGAUCGACUGUUUGCGAAAGACAUAUCCGUGCCUUCCGUUUAGAACCAUAUUUUUUUGUGCAUGCGCUUUUUUUAUCGUUUCACGGAUGUAUUGCUGUAUGCACCUAUAACUUUAUUUUAUGUGAAACUUUCAGAUUAAAAAGUUGUACGGAUUUUCUUGUGACGGAUACUGUCGUUAUA